GUUGGCAGCCGCAGUGUUGCUGUGGUUUUGUUGGGUCGGUGCAAAGCUGUCGUUUUUGCUAGCUACCUAGCGUAGUGGCCGCUGUUUUGUCAUGUCAACCUGUCGCCUCACAACACAGAACUGUUAACGAGCGCGUCUCUUCACAUAUCCACAUCUGGAGAGGAUAGAAAUCUGGCCGGAUAGCAGAAGAGUGAGAUGAAAUGACAACGUCAACAUUACAGAAAGCGAUUGAUCUUGUGACUAAAGCCACAGAAGAAGACAAGGCAAAGAACUAUGAGGAGGCCUUGCGCCUGUAUCAACAUGCUGUGGAAUAUUUCCUGCAUGCCAUCAAAUAUGAGGCCCACAGUGACAAGGCGAAGGAAAGCAUACGAGCAAAAUGCAUGCAGUACCUGGACCGAGCGGAGAAACUUAAGGACUACCUAAAGAAUAAAGACAAACAGGGCAAGAAGCCUGUGAAGGAGGCACAGAGCAAUGACAAGAGUGAUAGUGACAGUGAGGGCGAAAACCCAGAGAAGAAAAAACUGCAGGAGCAACUUAUGGGUGCUAUUGUAAUGGAGAAGCCUAAUGUCAGGUGGAACGAUGUGGCUGGGCUGGAGGGGGCCAAAGAAGCUCUGAAGGAGGCUGUCAUCCUGCCCAUCAAAUUCCCCCACCUCUUUACAGGCAAGCGGACUCCAUGGAGAGGCAUCCUGCUGUUCGGUCCCCCAGGGACAGGGAAGUCAUACCUGGCCAAGGCCGUGGCUACAGAGGCCAACAACUCCACCUUCUUCUCCGUCUCGUCCUCAGACCUCAUGUCCAAGUGGCUGGGAGAGAGUGAGAAGCUGGUGAAGAAUCUGUUCGACCUGGCUCGCCAACACAAACCCUCAAUCAUCUUCAUCGAUGAGGUGGACUCACUGUGCGGCUCCAGGAAUGAGAAUGAGAGUGAGGCUGCCCGCCGCAUCAAGACAGAGUUCCUGGUCCAGAUGCAGGGUGUGGGAAACAACAAUGAUGGUAUCCUGGUGCUGGGAGCCACCAACAUCCCCUGGGUGCUAGAUGCUGCCAUUCGCAGAAGAUUUGAGAAGCGUAUCUAUAUCCCUCUGCCUGAGGAGCCAGCUCGGGCUCAGAUGUUUCGUCUUCAUCUGGGCAACACACCACACAGCCUGAGCGAGGCUGACCUGCGGCAGCUCGCCCGCAAAACAGACGGCUACUCCGGAGCCGACAUCAGCAUUAUCGUCCGCGACGCUCUCAUGCAGCCUGUUAGGAAGGUCCAGUCUGCCACGCACUUUAAAAAGGUUCGCGGUCCAUCCCGAAGCAACAACCAGGUGAUGGUGGACGACCUCCUGACCCCUUGUUCCCCUGGCGACCCUGCAGCCAUAGAGAUGACUUGGAUGGAUGUGCCUAGUGAUAAGCUACUGGAGCCCAUAGUCUGCAUGUCGGACAUGUUGCGCUCUCUGUCCACCACCCGGCCCACAGUCAACACUGAAGACCUGCUGAAGGUCAAGAAGUUCACAGAAGACUUUGGGAUGGAGGGCUGAGAGACAGAUCUCCACCCCCACCAUGCUCCACCUCUCCCCAAGUCCAACAGAAGGGUCAAACUGCUCCCAACAGCUCAUCUCCCCUUUAACUGCUGUACCAUCCUGUAGACCUUCAUCUGCCCACUGAGCAUUUGGUUCAUUGCCUCUCAUGGGUUUAAAAGAAACCAAUGGUCUGACUGAACAAAGGACAAGAAAUCUUUUAUUUCUUACUUCUGUUCAUCCAGUCCAGUUUCUUUGAAUCCCUGGAGGACGUUGACCAAACGCAACAAUAGAAAAUCUUGGUGUGAGUUGGUAGUUGGACAAUACAGCCCAUGUCUUUCCCCCAUUUAAGACAAUGUUCCGUUACACAGCAGCCGCUACAGCGCAUUCAAAGAACUCUUCAUCUAGCCUGCAAUGACACAAGGAAAGAUGCAUUUGAACCUAAAUGCAUAAAGUUUGUCCCUCACUGAGCCGAUUCUAUCUCUGACUGAAGGACUGUACAUUUUGUUGCCAUCGUGCACUUUGCUUUGGAUCCUGAUGAAGGACAGUGACAUUCGAAGAAGAAACAACAGAAGUUAGUUCUCCUGCCAGGCAUGUGAGUGUGUGAAUGCAUCUAAGUGUUUUUAUUAAACUUGUGUGUCUUAAUGUGUAUGUCUAUAUGUUGAGAGCCCUGUUAUUUUGUUAUUUAAUGAAGAGUUAAAUUAAUUGCUGCCUCCAUGUCCCUCUGCAGCUCUGUGCGUCUUCGUCAGGCCUGUACCUCUGUGCUAGCAGCCGUCAGAGCUUGGCGUUCAUUUUCAGUAUUUGUGGUAAAAGACACUGAGACCCAAAAAUCUAAAUUUCCUCAAUCCAAAAAGAUUCUGAAAAACUCAGUGGUAAUCCUUCCAAGUGGUCUCACCCUCAUGUCCACUUAGUGGCUGCUCUGGAGCUUUAAAUCAUAUCACAUGAUCAAAGUGGAUGAAAAGUCUUGAAGCAUUACAACAGAAAGCUGAAAGCUCCAGAACUGCUGCUAAAUUUACCUGGUGGUGAGACUCUUUUCUCAGCUGUUCAUAAUCCUAAUAAUGAGGAUGAACUUUGAGCCUCAUUUCCAGUUACUUCUGCUCCAUUUCCCAGAAUGCACUUGUUUGAAUGUGAGCCUGUACUUAAAUACCAUGGACUAUGUGUUUGUGUAGCAGUCUGGUCUGUUCAGCACUGACUGCACCAAAGCUUCAAUCUCUCACCUCUCUGAACCUGGACGUUUUAUUUGUUGUUUAUCCCUGACAUACAAUGUUACACAACACUAUUUAUACUACUUGUUGGAUCACACCUGACAUGUAACUUGACUAAUAGAUCAGUCUGUUUACACUUGAAGUAUUUCUUUCAUUGCUGUUUCAUGAUGGAGCUCCAGUGAAAGUCUUUGUUUUGUUUUUUUUUGUUUUGGGAGGUAAAUACACACACAGCUCCGCUCUGAGGCAGACACUAUCAUAUUGUUUCAUGAGUGUGUGUUCAGUGCUGAUUCUCCUUCUCGAUCUUCAACAGUAUUUGUCCUGUUGUCAGCAAACAGACAGAAAGGCAAGAAGAAGAAGGAACACACAGCUAGUUUUAAAUAAUCUCUGAAAUCAGACUGCUAUUGGAUGUUUAUUCUGUACCGACUCUCUGACCUCUCACUGUCACAUCAGCAUCACACACUUGUCUGGCUAACUCAGUGCUAGUAUCACUGUGUGUGCGGAGGUACAAACUGGUUCAGUGGGAGGUCAGUCAGUAACAGUCCUGUAAGGGGACCUAACCUGCCACUGGCCGUGUAACCAUUACUACUAAUUUAAGCUGAAUUAAUAAAAACUGACAUUUCAAAUGAAAGAAGAACAA